AUGUCCCAAGUAUUUAAUAAUUCACGUUCAGACACUCUAUUCUUGGGUGGUGAGAAAAUUAGUGGUGAUGAUAUCCGUAACCAAAACGUUCUAGCAGCAUCUGCAGUUGCUAAUGUUGUUAAAUCAUCAUUAGGUCCAGUAGGUUUAGAUAAGAUGUUAGUGGAUGAUAUUGGUGAUUUCACAGUAACUAAUGAUGGUGCUACCAUUUUAUCGUUAUUAGACGUUCAACACCCUGCUGGGAAGAUUUUAGUAGAGUUAGCCCAACAACAAGAUCGUGAAAUUGGUGAUGGUACCACAAGUGUUGUUAUCAUUGCCAGCGAAUUAUUAAAGAGAGCUAAUGAAUUAGUCAAAAAUAAAAUCCAUCCAACUACUAUUAUAACUGGUUAUAGAAUGGCAUUAAAAGAAGCUAUUCGGUUUAUUAAUGAAAUGUUAGCCAUGAGUGUUGAUGAAUUAGGUAAAGAAACUUUAAUCAAUAUUGCCAAAACUAGUAUGUCCUCUAAGAUUAUUGGAAGUGAUUCUGAAUUUUUCAGUAAUAUGGUUGUAGAUUCAUUAUUGGCUGUCAAGACACAAAAUUCCAAAGGUGAAGUGAAAUAUCCAGUUAAAGCUGUCAAUAUUUUAAAGGCACAUGGUAAAUCUUCUAAAGAAUCUGUCUUAGUGGAAGGUUAUGCCCUAAACUGCAUUGUUGCAUCGCAAGCUAUGCCUAAGCGUAUUAUUAAUUCCAAUGGGGAACCAGUUAAGAUAGCGUGUUUAGAUAUUAAUUUACAAAAAUCUCGUAUGGCUAUGGGAGUUCAAAUCAAUAUUGAAGAUCCAGAACAAUUAGAACAAAUCCGUAAACGUGAAUCGGGUAUCAUAUUAGAAAGAAUUCAAAAAAUCAUUGAUGCUGGUGCUCAAGUUGUUUUGACCACUAAGGGUAUUGAUGAUUUAUGUUUGAAAGAAUUUGUUGAAAGAAAGAUAAUGGCUGUUAGACGUUGUAAGAAGGAAGAUUUAAGAAGAAUUGCUCGUGCCACAGGUGCUACUUUAAUCAGCUCUAUGUCUAAUUUAGAAGGUGAAGAAACUUUUGAAACCAGUUAUUUGGGUUCAUGUAGAGAAGUUGUUCAAGCCAAAUUUUCAGAUGAUGAAUGUAUUUUGAUUAAGGGUACUAAAAAACAUUCUUCCUCAUCUAUGGUUCUACGUGGGCCUAACGAUUAUUCAUUAGAUGAAAUGGAACGUUCUAUUCAUGAUUCAUUAUGUGUUGUUAAGAGAACUUUAGAAAGUGGGAACGUUGUCCCAGGUGGUGGAUGUGUUGAAACUGCAUUAAACAUUUAUUUAGAUAACUUUGCUACUACAGUAGGGUCUAGAGAACAACUAGCCAUCUCUGAGUUUGCCAAUGCUCUAUUAAUCAUUCCAAAGACAUUAGCUGUGAAUGCUGCUAAGGAUUCCAGUGAAUUGAUUGCUAAAUUGAGAUCGUACCAUGCUGCUAGUCAACAAGCAAAGACAGAUGAUAUCAAGAGAAGAAACUAUCGUAAUUAUGGUCUAGAUCUUAUUAGAGGUAAGAUUGUUGACGAAGUACAAGCUGGUGUCUUAGAGCCAACUAUCAGUAAGAUCAAGUCUUUGAAAUCUGCAUUGGAAGCAUGUAUUGCUAUCUUAAGAAUCGACACAAUGAUCAAUGUCGACCCUGAACCACCAAAGGAAGAUCCUCAUGCCCAUUAA